AAAUGGAAUCAUUCUACUCCUACUUUUUUUCUUUUUUAGUGCACAUUGUGAUUGACCCGAGUCACGGGCUGCUACUUGUAGACAUAGACUCUUCAACUAGAGGAUGUGACCUUCAAUCUCUUGUAUGCCAUAUGCUGCGAUAGGAUGUGCUUUAUGAACUGGAGAUUACAUCGUAGCCGAUGCUUGAGCUUCCUAGAAUUCCUUACUAAACCGACGGUGACCAAACCUAGCCGGAGCGACGAAGUUCUCGAUGAAGAUCAGCAGAUCAUGAUCACUGAACAAGUCAGAGCCCAGUUUGAUUCCUUGGCUCCUAAAAGACCUGCGAAACCCAAUCGGAGCGAGUCCGAUUCUACUACCCCACCAACUUCCUACGCUCCUGAUUCAGACAUCCCUGUCCCCGAGCUCGAUAAGCUUAAAUCCCUUCAAUCUCAAUCUCAUACAAUUUUGUCGGGCUCUGUUCUGGAGGUACAAGAAGAAUUCGUGGAGACGGAAUAUUACAAGAAGUUGGAUUCUAUUGACAAACAACACCACACGACUGGGAGUGGGUUCAUAAAGGUGGCAGCUGGAAACGAUGAUUAUGAUCUAAAGUUGGCAGGUGGAAAUCAAGCCCUGCAGAAUAAAGAGAUGGUGUUCAAAACCAAUCCUGCCACCAAUGAUUGGAUUCCUUCCCUUGAAACCGAUCAGGAUGCAUUUGUAUCUUCGAAGCCUAAUCGGAGCGAGAGCUCCUAG